AUGGGUCCAAAAAAUGACUACUACCCUUACUUACUACAGCCCUCUGAUACAGUCUCUUCUCGCCCCAUACCCACUUCUGAUCAGGAGAACACCACUGUCGAUACUCCAACUGCAACAAGUACUUCCUCUGCUUACAAGAUCAUUUCUUCUCCUUUAGGUACGAGUAACUCUAGAAACAACAACUCUUCUACUAUGGUCUUGUCUAAAGAGACCUCCACUUCCAAAAAUGCCUCUCCUACUACUCUCAGACAAUGCACAACAUUCGAAGGUGUUCAUCCAGCAAAGAUUUAG